UGCUAUAAUGGGACGUGUGGCUCAAAGCAAUCAGACUCAACUGGCAAGAAGUGAGGAAGCUGUUGCAUGGUUCCUCCCAGCUGCAGGCCAUACUGGAAAAGCACAAAGAGGUUUUUCGUGAGGAACUGGGCAGCAUGAAAAAAAUGACAGUGAAGCUGCAUGUCAAACCUGACAGCAAGCCAGUCUUUAUGAAGGCUAGACCUGUGCCGUACGCCAUUCGGCCCAAGGGUGACUUAGACGCACUAGUCAAGAAUGGUGUUCUGGAGCCGGUUACAACCAGUGAGUGGGCCACGCCUAUCAUUCCAGUUCCUAAAAAGGAUGGAGGAAUCCGGAUCUGCGGAGACUUCAAGGUAUCCGUGAAUCCUGUAUUGACAGCAGAGCAGUAUCCUCUCCCUCUGAUUGAUGAUUUAUUUGCUGGCCUGAGUGGGGGACAAAAGUUCAGCAAAAUAGAUCUCAACCAGGCUUACCUGCAAAUGCACGUUGAAGAGCAGUCAUGUGAAAAGUUGACUAUCAACACACGUAAGGGACUUUUCAGAUACUGCAGGUUGCCUUUUGGCAUCACAUCAGCUCCAGCAUUGUUUCAGCAAGCGAUUGAUCAAAUCCUGAGCGGAUUACCUGGAGUGCAGUGUUACUUGGAUGAUAUCCUUUGUACAGGAGCAGAUGAUGAAGAACAUCUGCGCAACCUGGAUGCGACCCUUCAGAGACUGAAGGAAUACGGAUUGAGAGUCCGUAAGGAGAAAUGUGACUUUAUCCAGUCAUCUGUGGAAUAUCUAGGUCACGUGAUUGACGCAAAUGGACUACACACUGCACCUUCUAAGAUCACAGCAAUUGUGGAUGCACCCCCACCACAAAAUGUCAGCCAGUUAAAGUCUUUCUUAGGACUGUUGAACUACUAUGGACGGUUCAUACCCAACUUGGCAUCACUCCUGAAACCACUGCAUAACCUGCUACGCAAAGAGGAAGCAUGGAAGUGGACAGCAAGCUGUCAAGAGGCCUUCCAAAAGGCAAAGGAUUCACUGACUGCAUCUGAGGUGCUAACCCACUUCAAUCAUAAGUUCCCAAUUCAGCUUGCCUGUGAUGCUUCUCCUUAUGGGGUAGGGGCAGUGAUUUCCUACAUUCUGCCAAACAGCGAAGAAAAGCCAAUUGCUUUCGCAUCAAGGACAUUAAACACGGCAGAGACCAACUAUGCUCAGCUGGAACGAGAGGCUCUGAGCAUUGUAUUUGGUGUUCGGAAAUUUCACCAGUACUUGUACGGUAGGAAGUUUACACUUUUAACUGACCAUCGACCACACACAACCAUCCUGGGACCUUACACAGGGAUUCCAUCUCUUGCUGCUUCUCGUCUCCAGAGGUGGGCGUUGAUAUUGUCAGGACACUCAUAUGACAUAAAGUAUCGCAAGUCGGAGUGUCAUUGCAAUGCAGAUGGGUUGUCCAGGUUACCUCUUCCUGUUAAAAAACCUGACUCGGACACUGUUGAGAUCCUCUACUUCAGGGAGGUAGAGACUGCACCUGUUUCAGCUGUGCAGGUGAAAAAGGUGACCAGGAAUGACCCUGUGUUGUCAGCAGUGAUGGACUGGAUCAUUAAGGGUCUUCCUGCAGGUGAGGAUGCAAACUUGAAGGCCUUCCUUGGAAAGCGGGCGGAGCUUUUUGCUGUGGGGGAGGAGAGACACAGUGGAAGAGUGAGAAUGAAGGAAAUAGCAAGAAGCUAUUUUUGGUGGCCAAAUAUGGACAAACAGAUUGAGGAGAUAGCUAAAAGCUGUUCAUCGUGUCAUGAGGUCCGAAACAACCCACCACUAGCUCCUCUUCAUCCCUGGGAGUUCCCACAGGAGCCAUGGCAUCGUGUGCACAUUGACUUUGCAGGUCCAUACGAGGACAAAAUGUUUCUUGUAGCUGUUGAUGCGCACAGUAAAUGGCCUGAAGUGACCAUCAUGAAAUCAACCACCACUGAGAAGACCAGAGAAGCACUAGGAGAAAUGUUCAGUAGGUUUGGAUCUCCUACACAGCUAGUCUCUGACAAUGGACCUCAACUGGAUUCACAGGAAAUGGAGGCUUUUCUGCAGGCUAAUGGAGUGCAGCACAUUACAUCAGCUCCAUACCAUCCUGCAACAAAUGGCCUUGCAGAAAGGUUUGUUCAGACAAUGAAACACGCACUGAAAACAUCACAAGGCCAAGGAACACUGCGUCAGAGACUGCACAAGUUUCUGCUUAACUACCGGAACAGUCCACAUGCAACCACAAGGACAUCUCCUGCCAACGCAAUGUUCAAGCGAGAUCUGCGCACUACCUUUGAUCUUUUGAAACCCUCAACUGUGAAGGACACUAUGCAAAAACAACAAGAGAAACAAAUUAUGUACAGGGGUCAACAGGUCAAGGACAGAGUCUUCAGCUCCGGCGAAACAGUGCUGGCCAGGAACUACCGAGGAGGACACAAGUAGGUUCCUGCAACUGUUAUCGCACAAACUGGACCAGUUUCAUAUACAGUACAGGUUGCUGAUGGAGUGUGGAGAAGGCACGUGGAUCAGCUACUACAGACCACACCAGUGUCUGCAGAAAGGUCUUUUGAAGAUCUUAAAAAUGCACUCAUCAACUCAUCAGUUCAUCCACACAUGCAAGUAGAGAACUCCACCACAUCAGGAAAAGUGGUUCCCACUGUAAAUGAGACUGCAAGAGAGACUGAGACAUCUUCAGUGCCAGAAACAAAUGCUCCACAAGAGAGCACACAGACUGACAUUCCCACAGACCGCCGAUACCCCAACAGAGAGUGGCGGCCUCCUGUUCAUCUGAGUUAUUAGACAGUACCUGACCCAAGUGAACGGGGCAGAAUAAUCCCCAUGGGUCAUGGGGGAGGUUGAGGUAGUCUACCCUCACUCCCAAGUUAGCAAUUAAAAAAGAGUUGUUGUUAUAACCAUACAGUUAAUAAGGGAAAAGGUGAAAUGUUUGUGAUGUUAUGUCAUGUUCCAGUGAAGACGGAAGCUUUUGAGUAGAUCACCUGUUUAUUCCGUAGUACAUCCUUUGUAAGAGGGGAGGAGAUGUUGUGUAUUUUGGGUUAUAAUAGGACCCGUAGUGGUCAUGCACCAGGUGCAUUGUGGGCAAUGCGCGCCUUGUUGUUGUUGUUGACGAACUAGCCAUGUGCUGGAAGUUAUGCCGCUAUAAAUAAAUCCUCAGCGUUA